GCAGGGGUGGGGGGAGGAGGAUGCAGGGGAAGGGCACCAGGUGCAGAACAAUGACUUCCAAAUUAUGUCACGAGCCGCCAGCCACACGAGCACUGUACGGCCUCAUUACCACAUGAAGUGCCACAGAAGGGCCCUUUCAUUUUCUCCCAGCGACUGUUUGCCACAGUCUUGCUAUAGGGGCUCGUGGCGGGGGGAUACACUGCUCACCCCCAGUUAACAACGGAGCACAGAAUCCUGGCAGAAGGAACCUCACAAUGUACCCCGGGGCUAUUUUUGAUUACAGUGAGUGGCUGUGACUCAGAGUGUGCCCUGGCAGAUGACGGCUUCCACCCUCCCCUCCCCAUCCUCCUCCCCUGGAGAUGAGCAGGCAGCCUGUCCUUUGUACGUUUCCUUGGCCGCCUUCUCCUGCCGCUGCAGUUCACUGAUCUGUCCACAGCAGCCGGCCCGCAGGCCUGACAGGGCUCUGACAGUGGUUUUUACCAUAUAUGGCCAUCAGAGCUCUGGGGCUGUCAGCCGGCCAGGAUAAUUUCCUUCCUUUGCUUUGAUUGGCUGCUUGGUGGCUCACAGAAUGGUGGGAUCUGGGAGUGUGUGGUGAAGGGAAGCCACUGAGUCAAGUGCAAAGAACAUUUAACUCUUUGCUGGUUUUUUGGAGCGUGGAUCUGGGCUGAGCACACGGGCCAGUGCUGCCUGCAGAAGCCCUCGGUGUCCAAACGUUAUAACCUAAGUCUGGGGAAGCGGCAAAGAAAAGGUUUCUGAACUCAGAUCACUCUGAAAUAGACCCAGGGUUUAGUGGACAAACAUCUGCAGUCCUGAUUUGUCCAGAAGCCUCCUUAUAACCAUGUGCAGCAAAUUUCCUGCUGCCGAGUUGAGUAUCUGUGCUCGUUAGGGGUGGGACCUGAGUUGAGUCCAGGGGAGGCUGAGCUGGGAGGGGUGAGUGAUGGAGCACGUGUUGGCUCUCUUAGAGGAACGGUGACUUGGGUUUCUUUUCUGGCUGAGCUUUGUAAGUCAUGAGUAAAUGAUACAGUCUGCUGAAUUGGGUCUGUCCUCCUGUCCUGCGUGUUUAUAACUGCUGCAAGGUGUGAACUGCCUCUGCCAUGGAACCCAAGGCAUUUACCUUAAAAAAAAACCCCAAAAAACAACUUCCGCUAUUUUUCUGGUUUUCAUCCCUACUUACUUCAGGGAGGGUGGAUUUUUAUUCUGAAGCUUGUAUGUAAACCCGUGCAGAGCUGGGAUUGAAAGGGGUGGUAGCUCUGGAACGCUUCGUCAUUCACAGAGGGUCCUGGGGGAGACCCCUCCAGUGUCACUUGCUUAGUACAAGCAACCGAUUACUCUGCUUCCUGGUUUGAUACUGAAUGGUUGAAUUUCCUCGAUUUGCAGUUAUAUCAAUAGUUAUUUUGCUUUUCAGCUUCUGCUUUCAAGCUGAAUUUUAUUUUGACUAGAUUCCACCUCAUCUGGGGUUCCUGGUUUUUUGUUUGUUCUCAGACCAGAAGUGUUUGGAAUUACGUGUCUGUAGUGAUGAAGUUUUCACUUUACAGAUUUUUUGUUAGGAAAUACAGUGUCUAUUCCCGAUUACAUAUUUGGGUGCAGUUGAGUAAGGAGACGUUCCCUUCCACUGUUUUUGCUUUCUGAUAGUGAAAUCAAUAGUUUUACAGUAACUUCCCUCAGAUUCUUAAUGAGGACUUUUAAAAUGGUCUAUGCAGUAUUAGACCCAGGUUUUAAAGAGGGCCCGUGAUCACCAAAAUAAUCUGUUUGGCAUUUUCUCUCGUACCCGUGAAGACUGUUGUUUUUCGCUCACAGGCAGGUGAGGCCUCUGCAGAAGCGCCCUGCGUCUCCCUGGCAGCUCGAGUGUCUGGCUUACUUUCCAGGACUGGGUAACCCAAUCUGUGUGUUUUAUUCCAGGGCACCUCCGCUUACCCUCAAGGUUGGUGUUUUUGGUUCUCUUAAAGUAAAACCUCCUCCGAAUGUACUACUCCUGGGUCAGGAGCUAUCCCUCUUGGCGACCAGCUUGUCCACAAGUCAGAUAUCGUGUGCCUCAGUCUUUCCAGUCUGCCGUGGAAGUCCCUGUCUCAUCACCUGUGCCUCUCCCCAGCUAUCUUCGUGUGAAGCAGCAGGGCCUGAAGAGAUUUCAGCAGAGCGUGUAUCUACGUAAAGAAUACCGAUACCAGAGAAAGACUGGUCGAAUUGACAAAUCCUACCCUACAGUAUGUGGCCACACGGGACCGGUGCUCGACAUAGACUGGUGCCCACACAACGAUCAGGUCAUUGCCAGCGGUUCAGAGGACUGCACGGUUAUGGUGUGGCAGAUCCCAGAAAAUGGACUCACCCUUUCCCUGACCGAACCUGUGGUGAUUUUAGAGGGCCACUCGAAGAGAGUUGGCAUCGUGGCCUGGCAUCCGACUGCCCGCAACGUCCUUCUUAGCGCAGGCUGUGACAAUGCCAUCAUCAUCUGGAAUGUGGGGACGGGGGAAGCCCUCAUAAACCUGGACGAUAUGCACUCGGACAUGAUUUACAAUGUAAGCUGGAACCGGAACGGCAGUCUGAUCUGCACAGCUUCCAAAGACAAGAAAGUGAGAGUGAUCGAUCCUAGGAAGCAAGAGAUUGUUGCUGAGAAGGAGAAAGCACACGAAGGAGCAAGACCCAUGAGAGCCAUCUUUCUGGCUGACGGGAAUGUCUUCACCACUGGUUUCAGCCGCAUGAGUGAGCGGCAGCUGGCUCUCUGGAAUCCGAAAAAUAUGCAGGAACCAAUCGCUCUUCAUGAAAUGGACACUAGCAAUGGGGUGUUGCUGCCCUUCUAUGACCCUGACACCAGUAUCAUUUACUUAUGUGGAAAGGGUGACAGCAGUAUCCGCUAUUUUGAGAUCACAGAUGAAUCCCCGUAUGUCCACUACCUCAACACAUUCAGCAGCAAGGAGCCUCAGAGAGGGAUGGGCUACAUGCCCAAGAGGGGACUUGACGUUAACAAAUGUGAGAUCGCCAGAUUCUUCAAACUUCAUGAGAGAAAGUGUGAGCCUAUUAUCAUGACGGUUCCAAGGAAAUCGGACCUUUUCCAGGAUGACCUGUAUCCUGACACAGCAGGGCCCGAAGCGGCGCUGGAGGCAGAGGAGUGGUUUGAGGGGAAGAAUGCAGAUCCAGUCCUCAUCUCCUUAAAGCAUGGAUACAUUCCUGGCAAAAACCGGGAUCUCAAAGUGGUCAAGAAGAACAUUCUGGAUAGCAAGCCCACUGCAAAUAAGAAGUGUGACCUGAUCAACAUCCCCAAGAAAACCCCGGACACAGCCAGUGUGCAAAAUGAAGCCAAGCUGGAUGAGAUUUUAAAAGAGAUCAAAUCUAUAAAAGAUACAAUCUGCAAUCAAGACGAGCGCAUUUCCAAGUUAGAACAGCAGAUGGCGAAGAUCGCCGCCUGAAGGUCCACCCCCCACCCCCAAAAUGGGAGCAGGAACUCUUCGUGGUAGCCGGUUGUGGGCGUGGUCCCAGGGAGGGCGGAAGGGAGGCACUGCCAUUUGGGGACCUUCCGUGUCAGCGGCCCGUGUCAACCAGCCACGGGCCGCAUUCCAGUCAGAACUCAAUUCGUCUCCCAAAUUUGCAGAAACAAAAUGUGAUUUAAAAGCUGAGCUUUUUAUCAGAAAGCUUUUUUGAUGUUUUAAGUGUUACGUGACUUGUCGAACUUUUAAAAGACAAAAGUGCUACUUUUAAAAUCCCAGAUAUUCUGAAUUUUAGAAAACCGACCAAUUCUGAUUCAGUGUUGUGCCCAAGUACCUUUUUUCUUUUUUUUUUUAUAAACAGGGACCAAUGCCACAUUGCUUUUUAUAUUUUUUUUUUUUUUUUUUUAACGUUGCCAAAACCAAAAGUAGCUCCCCCGCCCGCCGCCCUUGUAUUUUGCUACUUUGCAGUAUUUGUGUGUGGUUUUUUUUUUUUUUCCUCCUUAAUUUGAAAGGGACAGCACUGUGUAUGUUUAUAAACUAAAUGAAGAUAAGAUAUUAUUUUGUAUACACGUUCAUCCGAGAACAAUCAGAGCAGUAGCCUCAUGGUGCUGGCUCGUUUGCAGCACAAAACCCGGUCAUCCUCAUGACUGUACAGAAGGAAGACUUGAAAAAUCACGUGGGUUCACGUCACCACCCCUCUCCUUUCACGGAGUCUUCUGAUCAAAAAAGCUCCUAUUGUAUCGUCUCUUUUCUUUCCUUUCUCUUUUCUAGAAACUGGGUGGUUGUACCAGAAUGGAAUUUCAGUUCUUGGUUAUCCUGUGCUUCAGAUGAUUAUAAUCUAACCUAAACUAGCGUGUGUUUCCGCAGUUUUGUUAUACACGUAGAAUCUAUUGCAUUGAUCACUUUAAACGUCAUAGUUCAGGUUUCGGUCAAUACUUGACAAGGGUGCCCGGGACAGGAGGCCACAGAAGCCACUGUGGAGUGCUCCUUCUUGCCCAUUUCAGCAGCCUGUCUUGCUCCUGAGUGUGGUAGGGGACUGUAGGCCGAGCGAACCUGCAGGGGGGAGUGUGCCCCCACGGGACCCUCUGCUCUCCCAGCACAUCGCAUGCCGACCCUGUGCUGUGCUGGAGGCAGAAAUGGCUCUCUCUGCACCCCAGAGCCCCUGCCCUCCCCUCUGUGUCACAGAUGCAGCCACCUCUCUCAGGGCUCCCCCAGACAGUCCUUCUGUUUUUCCUGCCUCGGCCCUCUCCACAGUCAGCUGAGAUGAAGGCCAGAGGGUGCUAUUGACUAUUGAGACUGAGAACAGUCUAGAAUGAAGCAAGACCAGGAGCACGGGCCUCUGCUGUAGCUUUAAUGUGUACGAACUUGUCCCUUUGCACCCUCCACACAAACCAGCCUGCUCUGCCCCUCCAGCUCACACAGAGGCUGUGUCAAAGCGCAGAGGUUCCCCUGGAUUCAGGGGCCAGCGACUGAGCUCUGAAUACCUGUUCCAUUCCUAGGUUAGCUAGAACUUCUCCAUUUCCAUGUUCUCAUUUUGCAUGCUUGAGGAACAAGAUUUAAAGAAUCUCUGGGAAAGACUGAGUGUCCGUGGUCGAACAUGAAACGUGGAGUGCCAUUGGGACCGCCCGGGGGCUCUUGCGCAUGCUCCCGCCGGUGUGGGGAAGAACUGGCUGGGAGCAUCUGUAACAGGGAACCAGGAUGGAGGCGGAGUGUGGCGACACUGGGUUGGAACGCGCAGUCGAGCUGGGGCUAAUGUCUGCGUAGGAAAGGUACCGUGUUUUUACCCAGAAUUGGGAUCGCUGUCUCCACAGUUUCAGGGCAUCUGAAUGUUUGGUGUGGUUUUGUGUGUGUAUGUGUGUGUGUUUAAUAUUGGAGUGGAUAAUGAGAUGUAAAGAAAACAAUAAUUACAGUGACUUCUAUUCAAACCUGUACAUGUUUCUUUAUCGACGUAAUCUGCUGAGGACCUUCAUUUUUUAAAUUGAGAAGUGUUUUAAGGUUCUGACAAAUUAAAGUAAACAAAAUUGUUGAUAGUGGUGGAACACCAUAGGGAACAUGGUUCAAAGAGAAGACAGAGGGCAAGGAGAAAUUACCCUGAUUUUAGUGAUUUUAGCUUAUGACUUAUUUAAUGAACGAAUGCCCAGCCAGGCUCAGAGUCGGUGCCUGAAGCUUUGUGGAUUAUUUUUCCUGUUUUGUCUUUUUUUUUUUUUUUUCUCCUUCUUCUUUUCAAAGCCGUGCUAUCCCAGAGGAAAACCAGUGAAUUGCUCCUAGAUCGGCUCUUAUAGAGCGGCCAUAGUAUUCUGUCAAAACACUUGCUUCCAUUUUCAAAGAUAAAAAAAUCAUUGAUUACAAAA